AUGAGGAAACUCUGGAAUACAUUCUGUUUGAAUGCGAAACGGCAAGAAAGGUGUGGGAGCUUUGCCCUUGGUCCAUCUCCUUUGAACCACGUUUCUGCUCAGUUUGAGAAUCGACAAAACACUCCUCCAGAUAUCCUCUCAAAAGCGAUAGCUUUCCUACGAGAAUGGGAAACGGCCCACACAGCUCUCGAUCAACGCCCUCGCAUCAAACCACCGCAGGUCCCGAUUCAGCUCUCAGCGCCGUCGAUCAUCACAUGCAACACAGAUGCAGCGUGGAACAAAGACUCCGGGGAAGCAGGCUUAGCAUGGAUCUUCAAGGACCAAUCGGGAGCAGAAGUCUCUAGGGGAUGUCAACAUCAACUUCACGUCUCCUCUCCGCUCAUGGCGGAGGCGUUGGCGAUUCGGGCGGCUUUAGGGCAUGCGGUCUCGCUCAACAUCAACACCAUCUGGCUCCGGUCAGACUGCAAGGGACUAGUACAGUCCAUCACCGUGAAUCAACGAUCUGUGGAACUCUACGGCGUUCUUUCAGACAUUGAAUCGAUCGUCGCUUCUUCCUUUUCUUUUUUCUACGUCUCUUUUGUUUCUAGAUCUGUAAACGGGCCUGCUGAUGCUUGGGCCAAAAACUCCCUCUGUACCAAACUCUCAGUGAUGGGCUCGGGCCCUCACUAG